AUGACGACUCCGUUUCCUCUUUUACGUCUUCCAAGACUUGCAUUGUUACCAGUUUUUCAACAAAUGGCGUCAAUUGAUGUAAUUGCGUUUUCGCUGAUUUCCAAAAAGGCCCGAAAUUUGUCGAAAAUCUUUCGCAAAUUAUCUGCCAGUUCCGUGAAUGUGACAGUAGAGAGCGAUCACCUUUACAUCUGUGUUGAAUUUGAAAUGUGGAGACAAAUGGGACUGAAAUACUAUUUCUACACAGAGAGCGCUCCGCAAUUGGUCAAUGCGAUGUUUCAAAAAAUAACUUUUACUCAGGAAAAUAGCGGAUUGUCAGCAUCAAAAUGGUUGGAGCGGAUUCUAGAUGUGACGAAUUGUGAAUCGAUUAAGCAUCUAGAUCUCAAGGAAUCUCCACUAGUUGAUGUGUGCGACACUUUUGGUAAACUAAAAAAUAUCCGGAAAUUAUACAUCUUCAAGAACUGUCCCAACAGUUUUGCCAAGAAAGCUCUGGAAAUUGUCUCACCAGUUACCAGGGAAAUCAUAUUGUUCAAAAUUCCGUUUGAGACAAGAGAAGAAUUUCAGACAUUUCUGAAGAGCAAUCUAAACUAUUUGAAUAUCCAUACUAGCACAUUCCCGACGUUCAAGUUCACUCUUGAAGAUCUUAUGGUCACGAAUGCGUUGAAAUUAAACCUCAAUGACGGGAAGUUAAAUGUCAAAGAAAUCAAUCAAUUUUUCAAAAAUUGGAUGGAAAAUAAAUGUGAUCCAAGACUGGAGCACUUGGAACUGUCUACAUCCGAAGAUGUUGAUGAAAAUAAUCUUCUGGGAGGACUGAAAACGGUUUCAUUUUCAAGAGACCGAGAAAAAACGUUCCGCUAUUCGAAGCCACUGGACAGUCCAUCACAUUCAUUUUCUGGAGGAUAUGAUAUAUGGAGAGCGGACCGAAAGAAAGCAACCAUCACAUUUGGAGACGUUUGGGGGAUGACGUUUAUCAGUUUCUACGCUUGGCCAUGA